UGUUGUUGUCUGACUAUUCCUCUUUUUUUGUUGUGCAGUUUUUGUUAAUUUUAGAUAGAUUUGUAAUGAAAAAACCUUGGGCCAUGCCAGAACCACGUUAGGUGCGUAUAUUAAAGUUACUGAAACUUGCCUUAUAUGACGUUUUUUCAAAUUUAAUGCUGGCAACACUGCUCAGUUGCUGUCAUCUGUCAUAAUUUAAAAAAAUAACCUCUCUUGUAACGUAAACGCAGAUUUAAUUUCCUCCUUGUCUUUUGUAUAUAGGCUUUAAAAAUGAAUGAUUCAAAUAGCAGGGAAAUACAAAGAGUUCAGUCACAUUUGAAGACUCUCUUUAGGGCUUUCAUCCAAGUUACUGAUGCCACUUUGAGGCGAAAAAGUCAACAACUUCUGGGAGAUUUGGAGAAAUUUGAAUGCGAUGUGCCCCUCCCCGAGUUGACUCAGUUUGCAGGGGAAUUGCCGGCGUCUUCAGUGGAUGAAAGGAAAUUAAGAAAUGAGAUUCUCAAAGUAAUACAGCUGCUCCAGAUACUUAUCAACAAAGUAGACUGUCCAAUAUCACGAAUUAUCGAUAAGAUUUAAUAAAAAAACUAAAACGAGGCAAUCACAUUGAAAAUUUAUUAUCCAAAAGUUGUGAAGAAACAUGGAUUAAUAAUAUACAAUAAAUAUUCACAUAUAAAAUAACAUCAAUAAGUAAAAUAUGGAACAUUAUUACCUACUAAUAAUUCUGUAAAGAUUUGUCACUGACAAGUGGAAGAAUAAAUGUUUUUGUCAUAAGAAUAAUUACAAAGUUAAAUUCAAUAGGAAUGUUAUAAUAGAACAAUGGUAAACAUAGCGAUACACUGACUUAUCAAUUUACGUAAUAACUGAAAGGUGGCGGCUUUGCCAACUUUUUCGUGUUUAAAAUUAAGAAAAUAACAAACAUUCAUUAUAUAGGGCUUGUAUUACUGUCUAACAGUAAAUAAACAUUGCAUAUUUCUAUGUUAAACAUUUUCAACCAUGACUGAGCCAAGUGGCAAAGUUGUUGAAAAAAUGUCUAGUCCCUAUGUCUAAUGACUGGAUUCUUUCUUUUAAUAUAAUCACUACCGAGUUAAUCUAUGUUAUAACCUAUGUCAUGAAAAUAUAUAUUUCAUUUAACAUUUAUUCGUACAAUAAUUUCUCUAUUGGAUAACGAUAUACAGCUUAACAAUGUUUUUGUAAUCCAACACGGAUUGGGUGUCUAAUUAUGGCAAGAUUGUUCCUACAUGCAUGGAAAAAUAAAUAAAUAUGGCACUAAUUUUUCACAAAAUGUUCCAUAUACAGGGCGAGACUACAACACGUCACCUGGCACGUUUGAGAUUAUUAAAAUCAACAUUAGGCCAUUUUAAUAAUACCAAAACUGUAGGUGUAAAAAUUUAAACAUCCACUCUGUGGAUGGAAACAUUUCGUAGCUUUUAAUUCUAAAAUUACAUCUCGAUAUGCAGUACAAUUUGUAAUUCUCGUAAACAAUCAGAAAUUGUGCCCUUUAAUAGCAAUUAACAGUAUUAAGUAGUCGUAUAAAAUACAAAAGUUUCUUUACAGGCUGCC